AUGGUUUAUGAGUCAUGGUACAAAACACGGAGAACAAGAACCUGGGUAAUUUCUCCUGGAUCAAAUGAUGUCAGUCCCCGCAUCCUGUUUGAUAGGUCAUCGGAAGAUGUGUACUCCGAUCCUGGCUCCCCCAUGCUCCGGAGAACUCCUGCUGGCACAUAUGUGCUUGCAAAAGUGAAGAAAGAAAAUGAUGAAGGCACUUAUUUACUACUGAAUGGAAAUGGUGCUACAUCAGAGGGGAAUAUCCCAUUCCUCGAUUUGUUUGACAUAAAUACAGGAAAUAAAGAACGAAUAUGGAAGAGUGACAAAGAAAAGUACUAUGAGGGUGUUGUUGCUUUAAUGUCUGAUGAGAAAGAAGGAGAUCUUUCCAUCAAGACUUUGAAAAUAUUGACUUCCAAAGAGUCAAAAACUGAAAACACCCAAUAUUAUAUCCUAAGCUGGCCGGAAAAGAAAGCAUGUCAAAUUACAAAUUUCCCUCAUCCGUAUCCACAGCUGGCAUCAUUGCAGAAAGAGAUGGUCAGGUACGAGAGAAAGGAUGGGGUUCAACUAACUGCAACACUAUAUCUUCCACCAGGCUACGAUCCUUCCAGAGAUGGGCCUCUUCCAUGUUUGGUCUGGUCUUACCCUGGAGAAUUCAAAAGCAAAGAUGCUGCCGGACAAGUUCGUGGUUCUCCUAAUGAAUUUGCUGGGAUAGGUCCAACAUCAGCCCUGCUCUGGUUGGCUCGAAGGUUUGCUAUUUUAUCUGGACCAACUAUCCCUAUUAUUGAUGAGGGUGAUGAUGAAGCAAAUGAUAGGUAUGUGGAGCAAUUGGUUGCAAGUGCAGAGGCUGCUGUGGAGGAAGUCAUUCGACGUGGAGUGGCUCAUCCAAAGAAAAUUGCUGUUGGGGGACAUUCAUAUGGGGCAUUCAUGACUGCAAACCUACUGGCACAUGCUCCUCAUCUUUUUGCUUGUGGAAUUGCUCGUUCUGGUGCUUACAACAGAACACUUACUCCUUUCGGUUUUCAGAAUGAGGAGAGAACUCUUUGGGAGGCUACUAGUACUUAUGUGGAGAUGAGUCCUUUCAUGUCAGCUAAUAAAAUUAAGAAGCCAAUCUUGCUUAUCCAUGGAGAGGAAGACAAUAAUCCCGGGACGUUAACCAUGCAGUCCGAUCGUUUCUUUAAUGCUUUGAAAGGUCACGGUGCUCUUUGCCGCCUUGUGAUUCUUCCCUUUGAGAGCCAUGGCUAUGCUGCAAGCCUGCAAGAGAGAGUAUCAUGCAUGUGCUAUGGGAAACUGACAGGUGGUUGCAAAAAUAUUGCGUGUCAGACACUUCUGAUGUAAAUGUUGAUCAAGAUGCGUGUAAAGACAAUAUAGGCACAGGAUCUACAAAUUCUGAACCAAAGCAGUGGCUACUGGU